GUGCCAUCCCAUUAUUAUUCCCUCCCACGACUCGACCUGCCUCGUCUCGCCAUCGUCUCACUCAGCCCCGCGCCGCGCUGUUUGUCCGACCGGUCGUGAUUUAUAUCGCCCUUUGGAACUGCUGGUUCCCCUCGCGGGUGCUGCAGAUGCUCGACGAUGGCCUUCAACUUCAACUGGUCCCCGCUGAUGGCGGACGCGGGCUUCUACACCCGCGCUCAAGACCUGCUGACGGCCGCGUUGAAUAAGUCGCCUAAGCCGCCGAUUAUCGUCGACGACAUUAUCGUCACCGAGCUCAACCUGGGCUCCAUCCCCCCGGAGCUGGAGAUUCUCGAGAUCGGUGACCUGGCUGAGGAUCGCUUUCGAGGCAUCUUCAAGAUGUCCUACACCGGCGAUGCUUUUCUUACUCUCAAGACUCGCGUCCAGGCGAAUCCGUUGAAUACAUAUCUGCUCACGCGCCCAGCGUUUGCAUCCCCUCAGCCACUUGCUGCUGCUACUCCCUUGACCAUCCCGCUUCAAAUCACGCUCUCCGACUUUAAACUCUCGGGCUUCGUCAUCUUGGUUUUCUCAAAGCAAAAAGGCAUCACCGUGGUCUUCCGUAACGAUCCGCUUGAGUCCCUCAAAGUGUCAUCCACAUUCGACUCCAUCCCGUUCGUACGCGACUUCCUGCAGCGGGAAAUCGAGGCACAGCUGCGCAUCUUGUUCAUGGAUGAGCUACCGGCCAUCAUUCAUCGGUUAUCUCUCCGCCUGUGGGUGCCGGAAUAUCGUGCGGGGGAGGAUGUGCCAGAUACCAUGGACCGUUCGACGAGUCCAGGUCCGGGGCAGGAUCCGUUGGCUAGUCCUCCGCAAGACCCCGUGGAUGCGUUGGGUAACGCCUUGAACGAGUCGGAGAUCGAGUCGCUGUCUCUGGACUCGUCGGUGGAGACGCAUUCGCUGUUUUCUCAGAAGAACCUGCUUCGACUCGCCGCGUUGACGGAUUCCCAACGUACUUUGUCGCUUUUUACGCCAUCCAUCUGCGAGGUGGUGUAUCGCGCCUGGACCUCGCCUUCUGACCCGGCCGACCCGGCCACCAGCGUUAACUCCCCGUUCAGCCCGGCCCUCUCCCGCACACAAUCGCAGGUUGGCAGCCUGUCGUCCUUCCAGGAUAACGCCAGCACGGUGUCCAUGCAAAGUGGCAGGCUCUCGGCACCGGGCCAUAGCUUUAACGGGUAUGGUCUGAGCCUGGGGGCUGGUCGUCACUCCAAAGCCCAUGCCCGCAGGCGUAAGAAGCGUGUGGUGGAUUUGCGUCGCCCCAAGACCACCGACGACGCGAUGAGUGUCAGCGACGACAGUGCCUUCACCGAAUCCACCAGCGCCCCGUCUGUAUACUCGGCUCCACUGCCCAUCCUGGAAGAACCAUCAGAUGAUCCGGUGACGCCGCCCCUAGUACCUCGGACAGAUAUGAAUCUUCCCGCAGUCCCAGAACGGCAUCGAUUAAGCAUCUCUCGUCCGAUUUCUCGCCGCGAAGUCCCCCUCCACCAGAUUGUGGAACCUGGAGAAAGCUCCACGACCCGGUUGCGCUCCGAUGAUCCCGACGCGACGCCUCGAGGCACCGUACGGGCUCGCACCACCACCACCUACCACCCUCGCGACAAGGAGGAGGCCGGUCCAUCUACUACCACUCCUCGGCAGCUUCCUGCCUCGGCCAUACCCUUUGACCGCGAAGAAGUCCCCUCAAACCUAGUCGACUCGGCACUGGUUGAGAAACUGGCGGGCGAAAUCGCCCGUCGCAUGCAUGAGCAGAAGAUGAUGGGCCCGAACGCCUGCAACUUCUGGAACCGCCAUCAUCAGGAAGAGAGCCCUCCACCCGCCUAUGGGCAAUAAGGCCCUUCCUUCCCCCCUCUUUUAUCUUUCCUAUCUGUCCCGGGAAUCGGUGCAGCGUUUUCUACUUCCUCUUGUUCCCUCUUUCUCGCCCUGGUGGCUUGAAACG